AUGGAUGACAACACAACCAAAGAAGGCGAGAUUCCUCCCGCGCUGUCCAUCCACAUCUCCAAAGGCGGCAAGACCAUAGACGUCCAGCUUCCCGGAGAUGCUCUCCUCUCAGAUCUCAUAACGGCAUGUGAAGAGUCCGCAGCGUGGGGCCCAUCGCCUGGAGCAGAAGCACCAGCAGAUCAUGACACCUCCUCGCAACCACCACAACAUUUCGACUGGGACAAGGCCAAGUUCAUAGCCAAGGGCGCCAUGCUGAGGUCCGGCCCGGACGAUAACAAGACGAUCGCCCAUCUUGACGGGAAGAAGGUCACGCUGCAGGUGCCCACGUUGGAGGAUCUGCAAGGGCUAAGGGAAUCCUCGGCUGCGGCCAGAGCGAGACAGGACCGCAGAGAGGCGCAGAGGAGGGCCGCGGUGCCGGCACGGCGGACGGUGGGACAGAAGCGACGGCAGGAGGACUCGGAGUACACGUUUCUACGGAUCGAGCCGCUGCCUGGGUUGAGGAAUCCGGAGAGGAGCCGGGAGUUGCUGGUGCGGCUGGCCGAGGACCCUGGAAUCAAGGCUGCCAUGAGAAAACAUAAGUUCACAGUCGGCCUCCUCACAGAGAUGGACCCCCUAAGCAACACCCAGUCCUCCCACGAAGGCACAACCCGCCUCCUAGGCCUCAACCGCAACCACGGCGAGGCCAUCGAGCUCCGCCUCCGCACCGACGCCUACGACGGCUACCGCGCCUACCGCACCAUCCGCGACACCCUCUGCCACGAGCUCGCCCACAACGUCCACGGCCCCCACGACCGCAACUUCUGGGACCUGUGCCACCAGAUCGAGCGGGAGGUUGCAGCUGCCGACUGGCGGCACGGUGGGCAGAGCGUCGGCGGCGGGGCAGGACAGGAAGGGUUCUUUUAUGAGCCGAGCGCCGAGGCUGAUGUUCCUGACCAUGGGGGCUGGACGGGCGGGACUUAUGUUCUUGGUGCGAGCAGCAGCAGCAGCGCGUCAGGAGGAGGAGGAGGAGCGACGAGCGGUGGUGGUGGUAGUUCUGGUGGUGGACUGAGCAGGCGGGAUGUGAUCGCGAGGGCGGCAGAGGAGAGGAUGAGGAGAAUGCAGGAGGAUAGCAAGCCACCCGACGAGAACGGCGAGGGUGGGAGCCGGACGAGUAGGUAGUAUGACAGUGCGCAAAAGCGAGGCAAUGUCUACUACUACUA